GCAGAGAGGGAGGAGGGCGAUACGCUGGUGCCUACCAGCGACCGGGAUGGGUUAUCCUGAUUCUACGUCAGAUGGUGCCGGAAGACCAGCAUCAACGGCGCCACCAUCCCCAUCGUCUUCGGCAGCAUCGUCGACUGCGGCAAGCAGCGCGGCAGCGCCGGUUUUCGCUGGGGUGAGAGAACAAGAGCCGUCCUCGACAAUGUCGCCAAGAAGGCGACGAGAGGUAGGCGGGGGAGGGGCUGGGUCGAUUCCGUCCCCUGCUGCCCCUGUAGCAGAAGUGCGAACGGCAAGUCACAGGAUCAUGAAACUUGCUCCGCGAGUCUACCAGGCGCCAACUUUGAGAUAUUGCUGCGUACAAGUCCUGGCGGAGCACGCAGAUAAAAUCGUGGACCUCAGGGGGGUGGGGCAGGAUACAGCUAGGCAGCUCUUGGAGGAGAUCAUGGGGAGGCAGAAGCUAACGUACCCGCUCGCCAAAGUGUUCAUGAACUGCGGUGACGACGAACUUAGCAGUGCUAUCGCUUCGUUAAACCUAUGGGAUGCUAUACCAGCCGGCCGUCAAGGAAGACAUAGCAGGCAUCUGUAGGAAGCAUCUCACCAUGCUUUGGGAGGCUGCGUCUGCUAAAGGCCAAGGGCGCUUUAUUGAUCACCGGUCAGGAGAGGCAUUGUUAUUUUCCUGUCUGCGCAUUCCGGGAUCUUCGUUUCGCGGGGAC